CGGGCGGGCUCCGCGGCCAGGCACUGCACCUGUCAGGUGAGAGGGUGGAGAGGCUCCACUGCCAGAUUCAACUGGAAAGAAACCAGUCACAGCCCAGCCACACCUGGGAGCUGGGAGCAAAAGGCAGCUCAGGCCUCCUGUAGCCCUGCAGUCCCUCGGGCAGAGAAGGAGGGAGCAGGGAGCUGGAGGCCAGGGCUAGCGCUCAGAGAAGAGGACCCAGGAGGAGACAGGGAAGGCAGGGGAGGAAGUGAGGCGGGAUCAGAGGGCCUGGCACAGAGAGGGAGACCCAAAGAGAAGCAGGAGGCAGCUGGGCCAAGAGGGCGUGAAAGCUGGAGCCAGUCACACACUGUCCGGGAGGAAAAGGGCAAGAAGGAGAGAGAGGCGCUAAGCCAGGCUGCCUGCCUGCUGUGGAGAGUCCAGGAGGUGCUCUCCGGCAAAGGGAGGUGGCCUUCGCUGUGAAGCUUCGUGGCUACCCCAGUGACGCUCAGUGCUGCCUGGCUGACCCCAACUCCAGAAGGGCUCCAUGAAGGACGACAAGUUCAAGGAGCAAGACCCUUGUCCUCCUCAGUCCAUGCGAGGGACGGGGAAGGGAGACAAGCAUGAAGAGGGGGAGCCAGGCCCCGAACCCUCAGCUCCCCCGCAGCCCACGGAGGAGGAGGAGGCACUGAUCGAGUUCCACCGCUCCUACCGAGAGCUCUUCCAGUUCUUCUGCAACAAUACCACCAUCCACGGCGCCAUCCGCCUGGUCUGCUCCAAGCACAACCGCAUGAAGACGGCCUUCUGGGCGGUGCUGUGGCUCUGCACCUUCGGCAUGAUGUACUGGCAAUUCGCCCUGCUGUUUGAGGAGUACUUCAGCUACCCCGUGAGCCUCAACAUCAACCUCAAUUCAGAUAAGCUGGUCUUCCCUGCCGUUACCGUCUGCACCCUUAACCCCUACAGAUACAAAGAAAUUAAAGAGGAUCUAGAAGAGCUAGACCGCAUCACGGAACAGACGCUCUUUGACCUGUACAAAUACAAUUCCUCCCACACUCGCCAGCCCGGGGCCCGCCGCCGCAGCACCCGCGACCUCAGGGGCGCCCUCCCGCACCCCCUGCAGCGCCUACGCUCGCCACCUCCGCCCUACCCAGCCCGCGCGGCUCGCAGCUCAUCCAGCGUUCGCGACAACAACCCGCAAGUGGACCGGAAAGACUGGAAGAUCGGCUUCCAACUGUGCAACCAGAACAAAUCAGACUGCUUCUACCAGACGUACUCAUCCGGGGUUGACGCAGUGCGGGAGUGGUACCGCUUCCAUUACAUCAACAUUCUGUCCAGACUGCCCGACACCUCCCCGUCCUUAGAGGAAGAAGCCUUGGGCAACUUCAUCUUCACCUGUCGCUUCAACCAGGCACCCUGCGACCAGGCGAAUUAUUCUCAGUUCCACCACCCCAUGUAUGGAAACUGCUACACUUUCAACAACAAAAACAACUCCAAUCUCUGGAUGUCUUCCAUGCCCGGAGUCAACAAUGGUCUGUCCCUGACCCUGCGCACAGAGCAGAACGACUUCAUCCCCCUGCUGUCCACAGUGACAGGGGCCAGGGUGAUGGUACACGGGCAGGAUGAGCCAGCCUUUAUGGAUGACGGUGGCUUCAACUUGCGGCCUGGCGUGGAGACCUCCAUCAGUAUGAGGAAGGAAGCCCUGGACAGCCUUGGAGGCAAUUACGGUGACUGCACUGAGAACGGCAGCGAUGUCCCCGUCAAGAACCUUUAUCCUUCCAAGUACACGCAGCAGGUGUGCAUUCACUCCUGCUUCCAGGAGAACAUGAUCAAGAAGUGUGGCUGUGCCUACAUCUUCUACCCUAAGCCCAAGGGCGUUGAGUUCUGUGACUACCUAAAGCAGAGCGCCUGGGGCUAUUGCUACUACAAGCUGCAGGGCGCCUUCUCCUUGGACAGCCUGGGCUGUUUCUCCAAGUGUCGGAAGCCGUGCAGUGUGACCAACUACAAGCUCUCUGCUGGCUACUCACGGUGGCCAUCUGUGAAGUCCCAGGAUUGGAUCUUUGAGAUGCUGUCCUUGCAGAACAAUUACACCAUCAACAAUAAAAGAAAUGGAGUUGCUAAACUCAACAUCUUCUUCAAGGAGCUGAACUAUAAAACGAAUUCGGAGGCUCCCUCCGUCACGAUGGUCAGCCUCCUGUCUAACCUGGGCAGCCAGUGGAGCCUGUGGUUCGGCUCCUCUGUGCUGUCUGUGGUGGAAAUGGCGGAGCUCAUCUUCGACCUCCUGGGCAUCACGCUCAUCAUGCUACUGCGCAGGUUCCGAAGCCGCUACUGGUCUCCAGGACGAGGCGCCAGGGGUGCGAGGGAGGUGGCCUCCACUCCGACUUCCUCCUUCCCCUCCCGGUUCUGUCCCCAUCCGACUUCCCCACCACCUUCUUUGCCCCAUCAGGGCACAACCCCUUCCCUGGCCCUGACGGCCCCUCCCCCUGCCUAUGCUACCCUGGGCCCUCGGGCCCCUCCACUAAACCCUGCAGUGCCUGGCUCUUCUGCCUGUGCUCUAGAGGAGCGCUGAGACAGGAGAGUGCUCCUCUCAGCCAGGCCAGUGCUCCCUGGUAAACUGAGGGAUAGCUCAUCUUCAGCAGCACCUUCCACGGCUUGGCUUGGCUUCCGAGCUUUCUUUGGUGUGCCUGAGGGAAUAGUCUAAGGGGCCCAGGAAGUUGUCCAGAGACCUGGCUAAUGAGCUCCUCAGAGCUGCCCCCUCCUGCUUCUGAUCCCCGCUGCACACUCAAGCACAGACAAGUCUCCUCUCCCCUUGGAUCAGCCAAGCCAAACUUGGAACUUUGACAAGGAACUUUCCUGGGAAACGACCAACGAACAAAUAUAAACAAGGCGCAGAAGAGCAGCCACAGGUUUCGGCCAGACAUUGGCCUGGCCUCACUGUCUUCUGGGACACAGAUGUCUGCUCUCCUUCUUGAACUGGAGUGGGGAAGCCCACCUGAAAACCCCCUUUGUUAGUGCCCUGGCAAUUCCCCUUCCCUCAUUCUCCGGGGUGGGGGCCAGCGUAAAAUGAGGAUAGUAAAGGUUUGGCCAUUCCCCUUCAUUCAUUUCCGAGACUCUCCUCCCAUUUGAUACGCCAGACCCCAGGGCCUCUGCAGCGUGCCCUUCAUAUUUGUCUUCUUAGCUAUUUCCUCAGCCUAGAAGCUUCCUCUGCCAUCUCCCAGAGAACUUCUAUGUGUCCCUCAGAGCCCUGCUCAAAGGCACCGUUACCUUUAUGAACUCUUUCGCCCUGUCCUGUCUCCCCCAGGUUGUCCCCUCUUCCCUCCCUCAUUCCCACAUUAUGUGUUCACACCCUUUAGUAUCUGUCUCUCUGAGUAGACUGUGAACUCCUUGUGGUCGGUGAUGAGUGUUGUUCAUUUUUGUAUCCUUCUGGUCUAGCCCAGUAUCUCUCUUGCGGGCAGGCAGGUACCCAAUAAAUGUUUGUUCCAUAAAA